CAGAGCGGAAAUGCGCGGAGAGGAAAUGAGCCCUACGCUCAACGUGGGUGGGAAUGGCUUCGGGUUGGUUCUUCCUGAGGCGUCUUCGAGCACCCUUCGCUUCCAUGGCCCUGAACCCGCUCGAGGGCGCGCCCUGGUCCAGGGGCCUGCAUGCGGGGCGCGGGCCCCGACGGCUCUCCAUCGAAGGCAACAUUGCUGUGGGGAAGUCCACCUUCGUGAAGUUACUCACUAAAACUUACCCAGAGUGGCACGUUGCUACAGAACCUGUGGCAACCUGGCAGAAUAUCCAAGCUGCUGGCACCCAAAAAGAUGACACUACCCCACGUCUUGGAAACUUGUUGGACAUGAUGUAUCAGGAGCCAGCACGAUGGUCCUACACAUUCCAGACAUAUUCCUUUAUGAGCCGCCUGAAAAUACAGUUGGAGCCUUUCCCUGAGAAACUUUUACAGGCUGAGAAGCCAGUACAGAUCUUUGAGAGAUCUGUGUACAGCGACAGGUAUAUCUUUGCAAAGAAUCUUUUUGAGAAUGGUUCCCUCAGUGACAUCGAAUGGCAUAUCUAUCAGGAUUGGCAUACUUUCCUCCUGCGGGAGUUUGCCAGCCGACUUUCAAUACAUGGCUUCAUCUAUCUCCAGGCUUCUCCCCAGGUUUGCUUGGAGAGACUGUACCAAAGGGCCAGGGAGGAAGAGAAAGGAAUUCAACUGGCCUAUCUUGAGCAGCUUCAUAGUCAACACGAAGACUGGCUUGUUUAUAAGAAAACCAAACUCCACUUUGAGACUCUGAUGAAUAUUCCAGUGCUGGUGUUGGAUGUCAGUGAUGAUUUUUCUAAAGACCUAGCCAAACAAGAAGAACUCAUGAGAAAAGUAAACACCUUCAUAAAGAAUCUGUAACCAGUUACUAAGAUGGUCUCGCUGACCAGUUACGCUCUCUGACUUCUUGAAGCUAGAAAAUGUUGAGUCUCCAUCCAUCCCUCUUCUCUUUUGUCCCUGGAGUACUCUGCCUCUCAGGGAUAUGGUGUGUGCUGUCUCUGGAUUUUGCCAUUGUCUUUUUUUAUAUGUCACAGGACUUUGAAAAUAAAGUUGACUUAAGUUACUUA